CGUCGCUGAGAGCGCGUGUAGUUCAACAUUACCAUAGUGGUGUUCUCAAAUUAUUGCUAUUGCAAUCUUGAUACCUUGAUAAUCUGCUUUUGAUUUUGAAAUCAGAACCGCUUGUUUUUCAGUAUCUAUACCUAUCCAUACGGUUUCAACUAAUCACUUUGCUUGUGAAUUAAUACGGUAUUGCUUGUGUGUCAAUCAAGAUUAUUACUCUGCCAUUAUUACGGUGGUCGGUUGUUUCGAAAUCGCUCUGAAUUUUUGCUGCUACCGUCUCUACCAUAAGAGAAAUACAUAGAGCGUACCGACCCAUACAGAACAGUGAAUGAAGGAUUGAUGCUAAAAAUACGACGAGUAGCAGAUAUUUUCAGUUUUUCUGUAAAAGUGAUUAUAUUUUUGUGUGUGAAGAUAGUCUGUGAAGCGUGAUAUUUCGAGUUCCCAAACAGUGGGGAACCAUGCGUAAAUAAGAGUGCACGUAUCCGACGGAAGUAGAGGGUAACCUUCGAUAUGGACAGUUGUUUUUAACAACUGAAGCAAGCUCAAACGUAGUCUAGUUGGCGCUAAUGUGAACAAAUGUGAAUGAGAGAAAAAAGUUUACGCUUUGUCAUCUUCCACUGUAAGAAUGUGCAAUGUUAGAAUUCGGUUUAGUUAAGCCUAAUGAGAAAAAGGCGUUACAAUCCGCGAAUGAUACAUUGCAAAAGUUUUAUGCAGAACUAGGUCAGCAAUAUUCAGACGAUUCAAAGAGUACAACGGUAUAUUGAUCUUGUUUCUCGUAAAAUUGUUUCUAUCAUAUUACUGGUAAAGUAAAUUGAAAGAAUUCCAUAUAAAAUAAGCAUAUUAAAAAUAGUGUUUAGCAAUACCACACUGCUAACGGAAAAAUAAUAUUGUGAUAAUCGUGCUAGAGUAGAUUCUACCAAUUAUAGUAUUUAAUACCUUCAGUUUUCCGGUGCGAUCUACCAAUUUAAGUGAAAAAAGAAAGAAGGUUGUUAUUGUUAAACAGUGGUGCUAUUUCGUAUCAACCAACAUCAAUUUUAGAGAAUAGCGGCAAAGAAUUGCUCUUCAGCUAUUAGUGGAAGCAAAAGAUGUGCAGAUCGCUCCGUUUAACACUGUAGUUCCAUUUUCACAAUAAAACUAUCGAGUCAUACAAACAAAGCAAUCAACAAUAGUACAGAUAAGCUAGCUAGUAAUCAAUGGCGAUGGCAGAUGAUACCCCGGCGAAUAAUCGCCCGCCGUACAAAAAACGAAGUUCAUCAAUAUCAGCGCCGCCAUGCGCGAGCAUGGAAACAAUUGUAAGCCCCCCAUCCGAGGGAGGUACACCAGAAAACGGCACACCUGGAAACAGAAGACGAAGGCCUGCCACCAGGACACAAAGUGCCCGCAUUACAGGACCAAGAUCGGUCCGACGAAAACCGCAACCACCUCCCUCCACACUUCAAGACUCCAAAGGUCACUGUACUAGUGAGCCUCGUUUAAAUGAUUCCGAAACGCCGCCUCCCCAAAAACGCCGAGGAUCGCAACGAAGAGCUACGCAGAAUACAGAUAGAAGGAUGCAGAAUGUACGAACCAAAUUAGCUACAAGAAAAUCCAACGCCUUCUUAGAUGUACCCCAAAUAAACAUGCAACACCUCCAAAUCGGCGAUCAGGACGACGACGAUAACUAUAGACUGAGAACAUUUAGCUCUUCGAAACAGGGCGUGGUGAAUCGGGGAGACUCGUUUCGAAGGCGGAGAUCGAGAAGCAAUAGUUUAGCGCCUACGAGUCCCAUGCACGCUCCGGAGGAAAUUUUACCACCCAACAGUGGACCAAUCGAUUCGUUCCAAGUGGCAAUGAUUGGAGCUGCCGGCGUCGGCAAAGGAGCGCUUUUGUCGCAGUUUCGUUCAUCGGAAUGUAUCAACGCCUAUGACACGCGAGAGUCUCCUGGGCAGGCAAACAUCUCUAUCAUUUUAAAUGGCGAAGAAUCCGAACUAAGAUUCGUUACAGAUAAUGCAGACAAUAAGGAUGAAAUGGCCAAGGUUGAUGCAUUUUUGGUAGUUUUCUCAGUGGUCGACAAGGCAACAUUCAGUCGAGCAGAGCAGCUUCUUAACAUGCUGCAUGACAUGGAUCUUACACGAACUCGCCCAGUUAUUCUAGUUGCUAAUAAAAUUGAUCUUGCCCGCUCUCGUGCUGUUUCUACACAAGAUGGCAAAUGCAUGGCUUGUACACACCGGAUUAAGUUUAUUGAGGUUUCUGUAGCAAUUAAUCACAAUGUUGAUGAACUUCUAGCUGGAGUAUUGUCUCAAAUACGUUUAAAAAAAGCCCAUUGUGCUGUGCAAGGAUGUCGAGAAUCAUCUUCAGCACAUUGGUAUAAAAAUCGCAGCGUUGUGAGAGCAUCCAUGAAAGCUCGUCAAAUGAUAACGUGGAUUUUUGGCAAAGAGGACUCCAAAUUUAAAAACUGUGAAAAUCUUCAAGUUUUAUAAACGAGUCAGCCUGUGUACGCCUUCAGUUCUGAUCAACUCCCAAACAUCUGAAGCUUCUGAAAUAUAUACAGAACAUUUAUGCCGUCACCCGGCUCGAUUUAGUGUUAAUUAUUCAAAUAAUAAUUCUUGUGUUGACCACAGCAACUCUCGUGUCGUUUUGUCGUACGUUAUUUCCUUUUAAAAAGUGCCUUCUCUAGUUAUCUAUACACCAUACAAUCAAAAUAUAUCAAUUUAUUGCCAGGCAGAUGUGUUAUGUAUCCUCGUUAUGCAUUUUGUGGAAUUUUGCUUAUUCAAUACAUAAUUUAAGAAGUAAUGAAAUAAACACUUUUAUAGCAAUCAAUGUUUUCAGCUAGGAUUAAGAACAAGUACCACCACUACUGUUGACGUUCAUAGCACACAAUAUAGUCAGUCCAAGGAAGAACGAUGUAGUGUAUACAACUAACAAUCGGUGGUAGUUUAUAUAUUAUUUUUCGCUGUAACCGAUACAUAUUUGAUUAGUAGGAGAGUAAUUCACUUUAGCAAGUUUAUUAUUCUUAUUAAUAUUGCUCCAUAUUGUUCCAAGUUAUUUCUACAAUCAUUCGCUUUCAUCUUACCAUAACCAUGUGAUUAGAACAUGACGCAAUUUCGGCUUCAAACAAGAACGGCAUAAAAAUCUUUUCUAGUAACCUUAUUAAGGGUCAAACAGAAUAGUCCGUCACUGACGGUGCGUCAUAAUUCUGUUUUAAAAGUCUGCCAAACCAUGGUUUGAUUUCUGUUGCGUUCUAGACCAUGUUUUAAAACAUUUCAAAUUGGGCAUGCCACUGCGUAAUGUAACCGCUUCGAGUUCAUGACACGUCAUCGGAAGUUCAUCUGGAGCUGAUACGUAACCCUGUUCAACGGGCAGGGAUAAUAGCUCAUAUUGCUGAAUUAAGGGGUUACACCAGCACAAAAAUUUAGGCAUAUUUCGAAAAAAAUUCUUGACAAAAUGAGGAGAUUAAUCUAGAAUUUUCAAAAUGAGAUUUUCUAUACUAGUUGUGAUAUACAAAAAGUGACAUUUUUUAAUAAUUUAAUCAUAAGUUGGCGGCUGUGCUGCAUUUUCCCGCUAUCGAGUUUUUUUCUAAAAGGUCCUCGGCCGGAAAUAUAUUUUCUGUAAUUUUUUGCAUACGAUGAUUGGAAAAGUAAUUUUGCAUAUUCUGUGAAAUUUUCUGAACGAUCAAAAAUUAUUUGUUCGAGUUACAUUUCUGGCCAGCUGAAAAAAGUGGCUUCGAGAAAAACGCGGUUAAAGUUUCAAGUUCGCUCAGGAUAAACAUAAGAGGCGAUGUACAGAAUUGAAAAUUUAAGACUCUAAAGCAUCCUUGAGGCCAGUAAAAAAUCUAAUUAAAAAAAAUUAAAGGGUUGUGUACAGGACACGACCACGGUGACAUUAAAAAUGUAGUUUUUUUCAAGAGCGUGCAAAUUUUAUCUAUCACAUAUAUCGACUCACGUUCUUGUACACUCGCCUGUUUUCAUAUGUUACAAUUUGCUAUAUACCCUCCCCAUUAAAACAUAAUUUAUUGAAGGUCU